UAAUUAAGAUGCGAUCGCGGACUGGCGUUGACAGCUGCAAGCAGGAAUAAAGGAAAAUAAAAUAAAAAGGACACAGGUUGGGUUCUGUGGUGGCUGUUGGAGAAACCGAGAACGGACAGAAACUGAUAAAGACAGUUGAACUUUUGUGCAUUUACUAUCUAUGGAUCUGUUUAGCAGAAGCCUGUGGAUUAAAUUAGUUGUAAACUGCGCGCCCUUCUGAAAAGCGCAGACUGGGGAAAUGUUCUCAAGACUUCAGAAACAGAAUAGCGUCAGACCGAGAUCUUCGUUGGACGGCAAAUUGUCAAUGUGCUUUCAUUUCGUCGCGCACCGUAAGUGAGUGGUCAAGAGUUUCCUAUAAAUAACUUGCUGUCCUCCCGGCGUAUAACGAGCGCGCCGCGGGUGCAGCGGUACUGAUGAGUCAGAGCGGAGUCGGCGGUCACAGCGGCAGCAGACUGGAGCGCCACUCGUGGAGGAGGAGAAGGCGCGUUUAGCCGGCUUUGUUUCGUUAAGCGCCGGUGCCACCAUGUACACUUUCGUCACCAGAGACGAAAAUAGCAGCGUGUAUGCCGAAGUUUCCAAAAUGCUUCUCUCCACAGGACAAUGGAGGAAAUUAAAACGCGACAAUCCCAGAUUUAAUUUAAUGCUGGGAGAAAGGAACCGGCUGCCCUUUGGAAGGCUUGGUCAUGAGCCAGGGUUAAUGCAGCUUGUGAACUAUUACAGAGGGGCAGACAAGUUGUGCCGGAAAGCUUCAUUAGUCAAAUUUAUAAAGACAUGCCCAGAACUCUCCGAGUCCUGCAGCUGGUUUCCUGAAUCAUAUAUAAUAUAUCCCACAAAUCUCAACACCCCUGUGGCUCCAGCAACAAAUGGAAUCAACCAUAUGAAGAGCAAUCCAAAGACUGAUGAACGUGAAGUGUUCCUUUCAUCCUACCAUCGAAGAAAAGAGAACAAUGAAGGGACUGUGUGGAUUGCCAAAUCUUCUGCUGGUGCCAAAGGUGCUGGAAUAGUAAUUUCUUCUGAUGCCAACGAACUGCUGGAGUUUAUUGACAAUCAAGGUCAGGUUCACGUUAUUCAAAAAUAUUUGGAAAGACCUCUUUUGUUAGAACCAGGCCAUCGCAAAUUUGAUAUUAGAAGCUGGGUGCUUGUGGAUCAGCAGUACAGUAUCUACCUCUAUAAAGAGGGUGUAUUGCGGACAUCCUCGGAACCAUAUAACAGUUCUGACUUUAAUGACAAAACCAGUCACCUGACAAAUCACUGUAUCCAGAAAGAACACUCCAGAAAUUUUGGGAAAUAUGAAGAAGGCAAUGAAAUAUUUUUCGAUGAAUUUGCACAAUACCUGCAGUGUUCCUGCAAUACGUCGUUGGAAAGCAGCAUUUUACCUCAGAUCAAACAAAUAGUAAGGAGCUGUCUCAUGUGUAUUGAACCUGCUAUCAGCACCAAAUUAUUGUCUUAUCAGAGCUUUCAGUUGUUUGGUUUUGACUUCAUGGUGGAUGAAGAUCUUAAAGUCUGGUUGAUUGAAAUCAAUGGAGCUCCAGCAUGUGCCCAGAAAUUGUAUCCUGAACUGUGCCAAGGCAUCAUUGAUAUGGCAAUCUCCACCAUAUUUCCAUUGAAUGAUUCUUCUCAAAAAACGUCUGUCCAACAGUCUAUAUUUAUCAAGUUGUAAUAUACAGUAUUUGAAAGACCAAGUAUUUCACAUCUGACUGCUUCUUCAAAAUUCUCUCCAAGACUUCAUUUGACUGCUAUUUGCUGGAUUUAAUUUUCUUCAUUUUGUUUCAUUUUUAUUUUUUGGCAACAACAUGUGGAAUGAUGCAACAAGAAAGGAAUGGAUGGAAAAUACAAAAUUUUCAAGAGACCUACAAUCAUCUGCACUUCUAAUCCUUGAUGAAGUGGAAUUCAUGAAUUAAUUUUUUGGGGCAGUGGGAUUUCCACUUUUGUUCUCAGAUGGGGGUUAUCGGCAUGCUUUGGUAUGUACUAUGGGUGCCGAGGACAUGCAAGAUACAGUAGGAGAAAAUACUCAACCUAUUAUGGGAACAUGGUAGAAUUGCCAGGAUAUAAAUAUUCAAGGAUGCAUUUUUUCCUUCGUGUUGGCAAUUGUCCUUCUACAAAUGACAAGCUGUUGCAUAAUCAUGAACACUGGGACGGCUCUGCCGUUCAUAGUUAUGAGGGUUGCAUACUUUAUCAUAUAGCAUUUGUGACUUUAGUGCCUUACAUCUUUUCACACAAAUGGAAGAUACAAGAUUUUUUUUUAGUGUGGUAUCUAAAAAAUAAUGAAAAGGGAUUAAAGUUUCAUGUUAUUAAGACAUACAUGUAGAAGUGCAUAAUUAUUGUUAUAAUUGUAACAUUUUUAUGCAUCCUGGUGAGUGCAGAAAGGCAUUUCUUUCAGUAAAACCUGCAUGCUUUAAACUUGGUAAUUUUUUUUGUUUAGUUUUUGUCAUGCCAUACUUAGCAGCAGAUAUCCUUAAUGGUGAGAUAAUCUGGCAUCUGUUACAAGGUAAUGGACAGUAAAAUAUCUAGAUUUCUGGUACCUUUGUUACGAAUGUAAAGUAUUACUCACCAUUUGAUAAAAGCUGAAUAUAUGUAUGUUCCAUAUUGCCAGUGCACAGUAAUGGCAUAGUCACUGCGAUUUAAAUAAGUUACAAUACACACUCAUUAAGAAUAAUUAAAAUAUUCUUCAUAAUCUGGCAGAAAAACCAUCAUUAAAAGCCAUCCAUUUUUUUUAAUAUGUUAAGAUUUUAAUUGAAUGUUGACCGACCUGACUAGUAAAGCCUUAAUUGCGCUACUUAAAUAUAUCAGUGGCUGUUAAAUAAUAAAAUGAUCCAUUGACCAGUAAAACUUACAUACAGAGAUUUCCUAGAAUAGGUGUCCUUUUAAAUGCUUCUUUCCUAGAAGUAGUAAUUUGUUGUUUGAACAUUUGUAUUUCACAGGUAUUUUUUUUUAAUCAAUGUUACUAUAUAUUUUCACAUUUUGAGCAGAUAAUUAAUGUUCAAUGAGUCAUCACAUUAUCUGAUAAUUUAGACUUUUCAGGGAAAUUCACAUGUAGGUUGUGCUGAACCUUGAUUGCAGUUGAAUUCCAGAAAAAAAAUCUGUAAUUAAGACCUCUAACUUGUGAUGAAUUCGAUGUAUUGCCGAUACUUAUUAAAUGUUUUUUCAUUUUAUUCUUUAAGUUUACAUUGGACAGAUCUGUUACUAGCUAACUACUAGCUAGGCCAUGUUACAUUACGCACCUAUUCCAGCAAUUUUCAGUCCGUAGCCUUCAUUAAAAUAACCUUAGGGAGUCCAAGGCAGCCAGCAGUAUGUGCCUGUGAAGUCCAUCACCUAGUCUGACAUACCCAGCAACUCACUCUAAUUAGUCCAUGACUUGCUCUGACAAAAUCAGAUAAAAUCAAACAGGUUUGAUUUUUGCCUUUAUUUGUAGGGAUGGGCUCUCUGUCCACGAGAGCUGACAACAAAUGAAUGCUAAUGCAGAAGUACAAUGCAUAGAAAAUAGCAACGAGGAAUAAAAAAAUGUGGGUGUUUAGGAUCUCACAAACACAAGAGAAACUUGUCUGUCUGAUGUCUCAUGUUUUAUGUACCACAACAGAAUGCAAAAAGAAAAAAAAGGCAGAGAUUGAGGCUGAACUUGCCGUAGCUGUUAGCCAUUCGUAAUGGCACUGGCUCCAUCAAGCAAUACACUAUUGGCUGUCACAAAAAGGGAUGAUCACAACUAUGCUGGAGGGUUGGCACAGAGUCACGUAAUUUGAUAUUUGUGUAAAUCGAUAUGGUUCAGUGACAAGAUCAGCAACAGAGGUCAGAAAGUCUGACAUACCCCACGACUAGAGGUCAUGUCAUGUGAUAGCUGAUAAUUUAAAAUUAAAUCUCAAAUUCUAUAGACACUGUGAGCUAUAGGAAAUAUUUUUGAUUUGAAUUGGUUUUUGUUUUUAUUUCAAUUAAAGAGUUUUUUUUUUUUACAUAUAAGAAAGGACAGGCCUUUUAUUUAUAAUAAAUAAAUGAAGGACCAAAAAAAACUACCCAGGUAAAGGCUACAGCAUGUUGAGAAAGUUUGUUUUUAGAUAAGCUAAGCAUAAUACAUUAGCAAAUUGUUUCCUUGUACGACAAUUUUUUUGCUUCUGUUUGCUAGACAAUACAUACAUUUUAAAGGGUGCUUGAAAAUGUAUUUUGAUAAAUACAUUAGCUUUUAUUAUUUAAGAUUGGUUGAUUCUGAAAACUGUGAUCAUGUUUGGAGAAAAGGAAGAUAGUACAGAACUGAAAAAAUGAAGCUGAAGUAAAAGUCUAAUUUUUUUCUCUAAAUAUAUUCUUCACACUAUAAAGGAAACAAACGAGUUAACCACAAUCAGGGUCAGAAUUAUAAUUCUAAUAAGGUGUCGCUUGGUUCCCCAGUUAUUCAGUUGGUUUUGUUAAGUAUGUUUUUAAGCAAUAAUAGUUGCAAUAUUUUCCUGCCAUAAUAGUACUGGAUAGGCAUUAAAGAAUAGCACCUUAUGAGAUUUUUAUUAGGUUUGAUCAAGUAUACUUUUGAAGAACCAUGUUGUCUAUUUUCAUAGAAAAUUUAGGUGACUUUUUUUUUUUUUUUUAGAAAUGUUAUUAUUUGUUCAUUUAUUUGGAGUUUUCUUAUAAAGCAGAAGGAUAGAUGUGUUGAUUUAAAGAUUGAUUUGAAAGUCGAUGUAAGCGUUUUUCUAUUUUUACUUUCAAAUGUAAAUGCUAAUAAGUGAAAAUGUUUUAAAGGCUGUUUUCUUUUUCACUGACAGGUAGAUUUGGUUUAUGAAGUGAAUGUCUAGAACCUGCCAUCACCAAUAUAUAAGGAAAAAAGUAGAGCCUUUUUUAUUUUAGAUAAAAGGAAUAUUUUGUACACUUUUCAGUUAAUAGUAAAAUUCCUUAUUGGCUUUAGCAUUAGUUUGCAGCUGCAUUUUCUAUUGAAUUAUAGUCAGAUUUCAUACAAACUUUAUAUAAAAAUAAAAAAAGAUUCCAUGUAAAAUGUCCAAUUUUGUUCACCCGUAGUCCUUUUUGUUAUGUACAUCCUAGCCUCUUGGGGACACAUUUAAAGGAAGCUCAGGAUUACACCUAUAUUGCCUAUCAUCCCUCUUGGCAACAUGGAUUUGCCUGUCAUUUAAACCAAACUUGACUUAUUUUCUAUUUGUCACUGCAAACUUUUGACAUGCCUUUGUGUAUAAUAGAACAGAUAAACACGAUGAAGACUGUAAUGGUUAUCAAAAGUAUUUGUUCCAAUUGGAAUAACCAGUAUAGGACACCUUGUAUGUAAAGGUGAUUUUAGAACAAUGAACUGUGAAAGGUCAGUUUCUGAUCCAGUCGACACUGCACACCAUGCAAAGUCUUCUUUUUCAGCUAACAGUAUGACAACUGAAUGUGUUUUCCCUUUCUGAAUAUGUGGAAAAAUAAUUUGCUAAAGAAUGAUUAAGAAUGUUUGUAUCUUUUUUUUCUUUUCUAGUUUGGUGUACAAAAUUUUGUGAUUAUCAUUCAUUCUCUACAAUUAAUUUCCUUCGCACUUUUCUGAAUAAGUUUCCUUGUAAAAAUUCAUUCAAGUCUGCCUGCUUUAUAAAAUUGGAUGUGUUUUAUUCAUUUGCAACUGGUGCUUUUUUUCUUCUUAGAUAUGCUUGAUGAAUAAUUGGCAUUUACACUUCUCAAUAAUUGAGAUGUGGUUAAAUAUGAUGUAGCUAUUUUGUAGGAAAUUACGUUGUAGAUAUGUAGUGUUCAUAAACUCUCACUGCAUAAAUAGAAAAACUCUUUGCUUUUUAUGUAUCUUCCAUUAUUGAGUUUUUGUACUGUGAAAUACCACUCCAUCUCUGUGGAUUUAAUUUUACUAAAAAGUUUAUAGUCCCACCCAACCUUAGUUUGUAAAACGUGUUCAUAAUCACAGUAAAUGAAGUUUACAACAGCAAUGGACAGCUUCCCAUACAGAGUUUACUACUACAGGGGUAGACCCACAAUUCCUAUGAUCCUGUUAUGGAGUAUGCAGGUGUAGAAAAUGGACAGUUAGAAGCAAACCAAAUGAAUGUUCACCUGCAUACACACUUGGGUAGACAGUGUGUAGUAGUGGUUAAGGCUUUGGACCUCAGACCUUGAGGUUGGGGGUUCACAUCCUGCUACUGAGACCAAAGUGACCAUGAACAGGUCACAUAAAUAGCCUGUGCUCCAAUUGGGGGGGGGGGAAACCCAAAAGAAAUACAACCAAUACUGUAAGUUGCCUUGGAUAAAAAUGUCGGCCAAAUAAUAAGUAAGAGAUCAGGUGCAAAUCAGGAUAAAUCCUGGUUUGCUUCAGAACUUUACUGAUAAUAAUGAAGUUAAACCAAAACUCAUGUAAAGCUUAAUUUUUAUACAUUUUUAUGUAAACUCGAAUCAUGCUUUAAUUUAAAUCACAAUUUGCCCAAAGCUAAAAGACGUCUUUAUUUUAUAUGUGGGUGUUUUGGUGUCAAAGCUUACAAGUAGGUGUAGAACUCUGCUUUGAGUACAAGCCAUUUUAAGGUUUACACAGAGUGUCCUAUAAUGCAAGCACCUUUAGCAUAAAGAAACUGAUACAGCUUGUAGAGCAAGUACUAAAAUAAAAUGGGAUUUAAUUACAAGUUUCUGUAUGCAAAAACAGCCUAACGCAUGGACAAGUAAAGACUGUAUGUACAAUGGCUCGUGUAUAAAACACUCGCUUGAAAUUUAAUACAUCAUGAUUUACUGCUUUUGAAUAAGACACCACAAUUUUAUAAAAUCUUUGUAAAUUGGUCAUGUGCCUAAACUGUUAUUUUUUUUCUCACUUCUGAAGAUGUUUGCUGAAAAUAAUGAACUUAAACUUACGUUUGCAUUAGUCUGAAUUGUUAGAAAACCAAAAAUAUAUACUUUACAGGUAUUACAAAUGCCAUCAUGUCAUAACACGUGCUCCGUUGUCAUGUUAUGGCAUGAUGAGGUGGGGAAUUCCAGCAUUUUUUCCAAGUUCCAGUCUCUAAUAACUACAGUACAGCCAAUCACUUAAUUUUUCCCCUCCAUAUAAACUUCUCCAGUUAAGGAAUGUAAUGGAAUAGCUCAAAAUGAAUAUGCUGGUUUGAAAGUAGGGCUGUGAAAUGGGAAAUGACUUAAUAAAAAUUGACAAAUAUUGUAUAGCAUAUACUCUUAAACCUGUUCAUGUUUAACAACUAUUUUGGGAGAAACACUAUAAGCGCUUUGCUCUGGAAAUUGUUUGCAAUAAUCUGUGUAACAUUCAAACAUAUUGUAUGAUUGCUGUUAUUUUACAGAAACCAAGUAGACUGUAAAUCUUCUAAAGGAACAGACAUCGUUAAACUACGAGUAAACUAGUUUUAUUUGAUCGAGUCUGUAUAUUAAGCGGUCUUGUGUUAUAACCUUUGCUUAGCAGAAUGCUGCAUGGCGUCAUGAGGUUCCUCAGAACACUGUCAUGAAAAAAUAAAGCUGUGUCUUGCUCUCA